GUGUUGGGGACGACGCCUGAUGUCAUCCUUGACGAUGUCUUCCACUCCGGCGAACAGUGGAAAUACGAGCGGGGCGAGAUCACCACGCUCGAUCUCCAUCGGUGGCUGUGUGACCGUUACGAUGUCGACGCGAAGCUGGAAGACGUCUGCCAUGCCGCGUCGCAUAUCUUCGAACCGAUUCCAGGGUCGGUGGAGAUCGCCACGCGGCUGCACGCCGCAGGGCAUCGGCUGGGCAUACUGUCCAACACGUGCGAUGCCCAUUGGGAAUAUUGCCUGGAAAAACCGUUUCCCUUCCUGCACGAUCUGUUUCCGAUUCACGCUCUCAGCUUUCGCCUUAGGGCGAUGAAGCCAGACGCAGCGAUCUACGCGCAAGCGGCACAGCUUUGUGGGGUUUCUCCGGAAGCGAUCUUCUUUGUGGAUGAUCGUGCCGAUAAUGUCGAAGGUGCCAAGCGUGCCGGUUAUGACGCCGUUUUGUUCCAGGGACCGCAGUCGCUGCACGACGCUUUGGUGGCCCGGGGCGUCUCUUUCUAA